UUAUUUAGUAUGGCAACAUCUUCGGUUGUUCAACGUCCGGUAGCCAUACUGUUUUAAAAAGUUAUCCUUUUCCGUUUUGUUGUCGUGAAAAUGACGGGCUUUAGCAAUAAGGCCAUAGUGAUCGAUGGCCGUGGCCAUCUCCUGGGCCGCCUGGCCGCAGUAAUUGCUAAGGUCCUGCUAGAAGGUAACAAAGUCGUAGUCGUACGAUGUGAGCAGAUCAACAUCUCUGGCAACUUCUUCAGGAACAAACUGAAGUUCAUGUCCUUCCUCCGCAAGAGGUGCAAUGUGAACCCAGCUCGUGGACCUUUCCACUUUAGAGCUCCUUCCAAGAUCCUGUGGAAGACUGUCAGAGGCAUGAUCCCACACAAAACUGAGCGCGGAAAGAGCGCGCUGAGGAGGCUUCGCGCGUACGACGGUUGCCCACCACCCUAUGACAACCGCCGUCGCGUUGUUGUACCUGCCGCUCUCCGUGUCUUCUGCUUGAAGCCCGGCCGUAAGUACUGUCACGUCGGCCGCCUGUCUCACGAAGUAGGCUGGAAGUACCGCGAUGUCGUCCGCAAGCUCGAGAACAAGAGGAAGGUCAAGUCAGUCAAGCUUAUGGCCUAUGAGAAGAAGUUGAAGAGGAUCACGAAGGAAUCCGGCGACAAGGUUGCGAAGACGACUGCACCAUUCACCACAGUGAUCCAAUCCUAUGGAUACAAUUAGGAUUAAGACAUAAAUAUAAAAACCUUUGGUUGCCCAAAA